GCGCUGUGGGCCGCUCGGGCUUCGGACCGCCUGGAGGCCGCGGCCUCUCGUACCCCGGGGGCGACCCGUGUGCUGGCCGCCGCGGGCCGCGGGGGAGCGAGCGUGCGGCCCUGUCCCGCCCUCGGAGAGCCGUGAAACGCGGCGUGGCCUGCGCGGGGGGAAGGAGCGGAGACAGCGCCCGAGGGGCUGGAGCCCUGCGCUCCUGACGGCAGGGUUUCCGCCGGUCGCCCGGCCGUUACAGGAGAAAGGCGACUGAGCGAGGGUGUCCCGACGUUUUAUUACUGUUUAUUUGCUCUAAAUGUUGGUUGCGUCCCCUUGGAUUGCCCUUCGUUCCAGGACUCAAUGCAGGUGUUUCCUGCCGGCCCGUACUGUUCGUUUGUAGAAUCCUCAGACCACUUCGCAGCUUUUACCUAAUCUUUUUCUAGAUUAGUUUGUUCCCAAGUCUUUUGUAAUCGGAGCGUUUCCCUGAGUAUCGUAAAUUAACCUGGAGGUGGCUUGCAAAGCACAGAAGUGAAUUCUUAGAAUUUGCAAUUUUGGCCGGUGGUGUAGCUUGUGUGAAGAGUGACGGCUUCUCCCUCAGGUCCACCCAGGGGGAACUGAACAGGGACUCUUGCUUGCGGCACCGAUAAAGCUUUCGCACAGCUCUGAUGGCAUCUGCUUGGGCUCUCGCGGCCCGCGGGGACCAGGAUGAGCCUCUGGAAGUGAAGAUCGAGGAGGAGGAGAGGGAGGACCAUACCACCGCCAGACAGGAUCAGAACCUGCGAAAGAACAGCACCCACAGCAGGGAGGUCUUCCGGCAGUACUUCCGGCAGUUCUGCUACCAGGAGACGUCGGGGCCCCGCGAGGCGCUGAGCCGGCUCCGGGAGCUGUGCCGUCAGUGGCUGCGGCCCGAGACGCACAGCAAGGAGCAGAUCGUGGAGCUGCUGGUGCUGGAGCAGUUCCUGACCAUCCUGCCCGAGGAGCUGCAGGCCUGGGUGCGGGAGCAGCACCCGGAGAGCGGGGAGGAGGCGGUGACUGUGCUGGAGGACCUGGAGAGGGAGCUGGAUGAGCCUGGGGAACAGGUCUCAGUCCACACUGAGGAACGGGACCAGCGCUUGCCGGAGAUGGCCCCUCUGGGAACAGAACAGGAGCCCAGCAUGUCCUUCCCACCCCUGAUGGCACAGCUCAAGUGUGAGUCUCCAGAACCUGAAGCCCAGCUGGAGGAGCAAGUUUCAGGUGUUGAGACUGGAAACGAGUACAGGAAUUUAAAGCAAGAAGUUUCUGAAGAAAUGGAACCAUAUGAGAAUAUGUCUAGAUUUGAAAGUGAAGUGUCCCAGCCCACUUGGUGCAGAAAAGCUGAUGAAUCUGAAGCAAAAACAGAAGAAUCUUCUGGACACUCCAGGGAAGGUGAACAAUCUACAGGUGAUGAAAACAGAGUCAGUCUGACUGAACAGCAGAGGGUCUGUCUGGGAGAAAAACCUCACGAAUGCAAGGAGUGUGGGAAAGCCUUUAGUCAGCACUCGCGCCUUAUAGAACAUCAGAGGGUCCAUACUGGAGACAGGCCCUACAGAUGCGAGGAAUGUGGAAAAACUUUCCGUGGGAGAACUGUGCUUAUUCGGCACAAAAUAAUACACACCGGAGAGAAACCGUAUAAAUGUAAUGAGUGUGGCAAAGCCUUUGGCCGGUGGUCAGCUCUUAACCAACAUCAGAGACUUCACACAGGAGAGAAGCACUACCACUGUAAUGAGUGCGGCAAAGCCUUUAGCCAGAAAGCAGGCCUCUUUCACCAUCUCAAGAUCCACACAAGAGACAAACCGUACCAUUGUACUCAGUGUAAUAAAAGUUUCAGUCGGCGCUCAAUACUUACUCAGCAUCAAGGAGUUCACACUGGGGCGAAGCCCUAUGAGUGCAGCGAGUGUGGAAAAGCCUUUGUUUAUAACUCAUCCCUUGUUUCCCACCAGGAGAUCCACCACAAAGAAAAGUGCCAUCAGUGUAAGGAAUGUGGGAAAUCCUUCAGUCAGAGUGGCCUUGUUCAGCAUCAGAGGAUCCACACUGGGGAGAAGCCUUACAAGUGUGACAUAUGUGGAAAAGCCUUUAUUCAGAGGACGAGUCUUAUAGAACAUCAGCGAAUUCACACUGGGGAGAGACCCUAUAAAUGUGAUAAGUGCGGGAAGGCUUUCACUCAAAGAUCCGUCCUCACGGAACAUCAGAGAAUCCACACUGGAGAGAGGCCCUACAAGUGUGAUGAGUGUGGGAAUGCCUUCCGUGGAAUCACCAGCCUCAUUCAGCAUCAGAGAAUCCACACUGGGGAGAAACCCUACCAAUGUGAUGAAUGUGGUAAAGCCUUCAGACAGAGGAAGAAGACUAGCCACAAGGAAAUACUUCUGAAAAACCGUUGUGAACCCCAGGCUGGCGUGAAUCUUCUCCUGAGUGCUCUCAUUCCAGAAUGGCGGUCCUCCUGCGGAAAGGUCCCUAAUAGUGACUGAUGGCAGAGGGAGAGGGCCGUGCCUGGGACCACGCUGGCAAAGAAGUCAUGGAUAGUCCUUCAGACUUUAAGUUGCUACUACCAGGAGAUAGCUACCUGGGCCUCCCAGGGCUGUCAGAAGACUCUCCGAGCUUUGCCCACAGUUGCUGAGACCAGAAACAGACCAAGGAGCAGGUGCUGAAGCAGGUCCUGACCCCUGGCUGGGAAGCUGCGGACCCAGGCAGGGAUGAUAUCCAGGAUGUGGAGAAGAGGCAUCACUUGUGCUAGAGAAGUUGGAGACAGCUUUUUGGAGGAAAAGCCAUCAGGUGGGAAGGGUUGGGAUAAUCACAUAUGUUAUGGCUUGAAUAGUGAAAGUCUUCUGCAAUAGCAGAGAAAGCAGUGAAACUGAACUUUAGCAUCCACUACAUGUCUCUGCAGCCAAAACCCAGCCCCUCCCUCAUGGGCUUUAAUUCCCCUUAUUCGUGUGCACCUCUGGAAAGUUUUUCAAUUUUGGGUUGUUGUUGUUGUUUGGGCGACUUCAAAUUCAGUUUUCCAAGACCAGCUUCAUCCCAUUGCCUUUACGGUCCAGGCGAAAGAAUAGAACAAGAAAUGCUUAUGGCAGAGAUAGUACUUUGGAAUCCAAGGUUUCAAGUGCAGCCUGUUAAGACCCUGGUCAUAGUUUGACUUUGAGCAUUAUUGCCUUUUGAAAUGGAAAGCAGAUGAGAAAGGGUGUCUGCAGAGAAAGAUGAGAUCCUUGAAAGGAAGCUUUUCAGAACUCUCAGUAAUGUCCUUUCCCUUGAAAAUUUGCCCCUAUCCAUGUCCUUUUCAUUAUCUGCCCGAUUCUUGAGGUAGAAAAUCUCAGCCAUAUUUGUGAGUGGUUUUGUUUGAAUUGUUUUGACCUAUUCAACUCCUUUAACUUCAAAGUGCAGCUUUCUUCCUAUGUUUUAGUCCUGAACAUUACUGGAAAAGUUAUUUUCCCCACUUUAGUUUUUUCCCCAUCAAAACAGUAUGUAUUUUGAAACUGUUCUAGCUGUUGCUUCAAGUUAACUUUUAUUAUAUACCACUGUUCAUUGAUUGACUCAAUAAAUAUUUAUGGAGCAUUUUGCUUGUCUAUAGUAGUGGCCUGGGUACAUUUCAGUUGGCAUAAAUGGUCCUUUUAACUCGCACUAACAAAUUAAAAUUUCUCUUGAUUUCAUGAUACUCCAUUUUUCAUCUCUGGAUUCAAACUUAUCUCCUCUUAACUUUUUUGAUUAUACCUUCCUGAUUCUUUGUCACAUUUUGUGAGAAAAUCCUCCAUGUUCUUCCAAAAUUUCUGCCCAGCUGUCUCUUCUCCUCACUCAAACUGGAACCUCGCAUGCCUUUUUGGGCACUUCGCCAAAUGGAGACGACAGUUUAGAUACAUAGAACAGGCAUGCACUUUAGAUAAAACUGGGUUUUAUUUUUAUCACUGUUCUUCAUCUUAAGUCUCAUCUCAGCAGAAGAGACACCUGACUUUUGAAAUGCCUGUGCAUUUUUUUUUUAAGGUGGUGUUACUGAGAAUGAAAAUAAGGACUUGUCUCCAACACAAAAAAAUUCUGAAGGUUACAAAUCAUGUGGUGGGAUCUCUGUAGAACUUCAACACCUAUGCAGUAAGUGUAGGAGUUUUUAGUCACUGGUGAGUCCUUACUCAGCAUUAGGGAGUCCAGAUGCCGAAGAGAAUCUCUUUGAGAACAGGUUUAGAAAGGCUUUUGUUUAGAGUGGGUCCCUCCUUUCCCACCAGGAGAUCUGCCACAUGGAAAAAUGCUCAGUGCAAGGAAUGUGGAAAAGCUUUCAUUAUGGUGGCCUCAUUUUACAUCAGAGACAUGAACGAGAGACUGCAGAGAUGUGAUGACUAUGGAGGAGGAUUUCAUUCAGCGCAGAAGCCUUACCGAACCUUAUGUGCAGGAAAGAGGAAUGCCUUCACCACAAGUCAGGACUGACUGUGCACCAGAGAAUCUACACAGGAGAGAAAUCUUGUACAUGUGAUGAAUGUGGAAAUGCUUUGCAUGGAAUCACCAGCUUUAUUCAGCAUUGGAGAAUUCAUGCUACAGGGAAAUCCAGACUGUGAUGAGUAUGGAAGUCUUCAGACAGUGGUUGGACCUUGGUAGACAUCAGUGAAUCCAUAUCAGAAAAGUUCUUAUAAAUGAGAGGAUUGUGGGAAGUUGAAUGGACAGACACCAAGUCUCCAGAACAGAAUCUCCACAGUAUUGGAAAAUUAAUUUAAUUAAUGUAAAUGGGCGAGUUAUAUGGGGAAUGGGUAUUCUUAAUUGCCCAAUUUAGCGAGUAAAAACAGUCAGUGAAUGUCUCAGGUCAAGAAGAGGAAAGGCCAGCAGUUCUUUUUUGCUUUCUAGGGGAGUCUGUAGAUGUAAGCAACCAGGACUUUUGAAACAAGUUGCUUCCUUGCAUCCCAGGACUUGUGAUACUGUCUCCUGGAUGACUGUGCAUACAUGUUUUCCCCAGCCUGCUCUAAUCUUAUAGCUUUAAUUCAUUCAUCAAGAGUAGAUUAUUGUCUACUGUUACAUUUUAUUUUCUUUAUGGGCUAAAUAGGUUUGUGUCUCUACCCCAGGACAUAAAAAUCACAUUUAUAAAGUUUCAGUACAUGCAAUGAAAGUAACCACAUCAUUAAUUUUUGGACACUUUCCUAAAUUUGAGACUGCUUCUGUGUUCUCCAGCAUAAGGUCGUGUAAGUGUCCUUCAUAGAAUAUAUAUUUUCCAGCUUUGGUUUGAUUGUUUUUUUUUAAGAUAGUGAAAGAUAAUUAACAUACAGCCUAUUGACAGAUAACGAUGGAGAUAUUUUCCCUUACAGAUAACACAUAAUAUAAUGUUGUGAAGGCUAAUACUUUAAGUAACUUGCUUAUUAUCCUUUUUAGUUCUAAAACAGGUGAAAAGAAUCUUUAGAAGCUUUUCAGCAAGUUGUUAAUAUAGCCCAAUCUCUAUGAGAGAUAAUGAGGCUUAUGUAAUUUAUAGUAGGUCACUAAAUAUAGGAAACAUAGAUUUUAAAACUCUACAGUGAUUAUUUCAGAACUCUGAGUGUAUUUGUUGUAUAUUCCUAAAUUUUUUUGAAUAGGUAUUACAGGAGGUGCCUGGGUGGCUCAGCCAGUUAAGCCUCCGACUCUUGAUUUCGGCUCAGAUCAUGGUCUCAGGGUGCUGAGAUGGAGUCCCAU